GUGGUGCGAACAGAACACACAGCCCCUCCAAAACACACACAGAGUGACUUAGAUUCCUUCACACUCACCCGACUCCACUGGACACGCAAGAAGGACAGCAGGUCAGCGCAGGCCGGCGCGAAUGGACAGAGCAGCAUAAGGACACCAGCAGUUUCUCAGAGACUCAACAGACCAGGACGUUCAGACAUGAGUGACCCCAUGCAGGAGCUGGACGAGCUGUGCUAUCUCACGUCCCAGUCCAUGACAUCAAUGGUCACCUCAGAACACUUCAAAGUGCUGAAGAAGCUGGGAGAGGGGUCAUACGGCAAGGUCAUGCUGGCCGUGCACAGAAAGAGAGGCACCCCUAUGGCCCUGAAGUUUUUCCCCCGCCGCUCCACCACUCUCCUGGCUUUCCUGCGCGAAUACAACCUCUCCCUGACGUUCUGCACCCAUCCCUCCCUCACACGCGCUCUGGGAAUCUUCUUCUCAACGCCGUCCCACUACAUCUUCGCCCAGCAGGCCGCUCUCUACGGAGACCUGUACGACGUCAUUGUGUCAGAGGUGGGGGUGACUGAGGAACAGGCUCAGAGUGUGAUGUCCCAGUUAAGCGGUGCUGUGUCCCACCUGCACUCCCUGGGCUUUGUGCACCGGGACAUCAAGCCCGAAAACGUGUUCCUGUAUGACCGCAACUGCCGCUGGGUCAAGCUGGGAGAUUUCGGCCUGGUACGAGCCCGGGGGGCGCAGGUGCGCCCUGUCUGGUACAACUCACCAUUCUGUGUCCCAGAGGUAGAGCAGGCCAAGGAGGGGAAGAAAGGAAGCAAGGGAAAAGAAGAGGAAGAGGAGGAGGAGGAGAUAUGGAUGUCAGUGGAACCAAGUCUGGAUAGCUGGGCGUUGGGGAUUCUCAUAUACUGCCUUCUAACUGGCUGCUUCCCCUGGGAGGAGAGCACCUCAGACGACCCUGGCUUCUGCAAGUUCAGAGACUGGUUCAACUACAUGAAAGAGAAGGAGGACAAGGAAGGGGGACAGAACGGUUGGAGCCACGGCAACAAGAAUGACAGGAGGGACGGCGGAAAGGAGGCAGAGGUGGCUGUGCCUUCACAGUUUGAAUCUUUAGGCUCACUGGCCCUCACUUUGCUCAGGAAGCUUCUGAACCCUCUCCCAUGGCUCCGGGCAGGGCCAGAGGAGAUCCUGUCCUACCUCGGGGGAGCCUGGCUGCUGGAGACAGAGAGAGAGGAGAAAAGGAGAGAGAAAGAGGCGCAAGAGGAGGCCAAAAAGAUACGAGAGGGAGGAAGAGGAGUGGAGGAGGAGAAAGGCAGGGAGGGGAGAAGGGAGAGAUAGACAGGGGAAAGAAAGUAGGGCUGCACCAUAUGGACAGAUUACUUGUAUUACGAUUAUAUUGCCAUAGUGGAAAAAAGUAAUAAAAAAAAUAAUAAUAACAUUGUUUUUACAUCCAAUCCGGUGCCGUUAAAAAUCAUCAAUAUAAUUCGGACACACAGAAGCAACAAAUAGUUUCCUGACGACCGAAACAAGUUUAAACAUCUUUGAAAGAAAGUGGGUGAAAACACUUCAUUCUUGUGACAGAGUUUGUUUAUUUGCUUUUGUCAUGACAGGGAUUUUUCAUCAAGCAGGUCAACAUUUGUAAAAGUGUUUUUAUUACAGUGUUCAGAUGCUACUGCGUGCAUUAUGAGGUCAUUUUUUUUUUCAAUUCGAUUCACUUUUCUCGCAUAAAGUGGACCUCAUUAUUAAAUUCAAUAAUAUUUUAAAAAUACUAUAAUGUGUGCAAGGUUCCCUGUGGCGCAUGUUGCCUUGAGGCAACAUUGUGCGACAAAGGGGAAAGAAAUGAUAUAUAUAAUGAUACCCUGAAGUGGUGAGACCACUGUGUUGCUUCUAGGCAACAGACAUAUUUCUGCAAAUUCUCAUGACAAAAAAAAUGACAUUGAAUGUUGAAAAAGAGAUUUAAAAGUGUCCACUAAGGGACAGUAUGAUCACAUAUACAUGCCUUUUAUUGACUUACUCAGAGUGCUCCCUUUAUUGUUAACGCUGUCACAGUGCUUUCAUGUCAAGAAAUCUGCCCGCAAAAACCUGAAAAUCCCUCAUUGCUCGCUAGCAGCUCAACAUAGAGUCAUACAUGAUGCCCUAGAUAAUCUUAUAACAUGGGGAUUUUUUUUCCCCAAUUUUCUCCCAAAUUUAGUUGUAUCCAAUUCCACCUACUAGUUAGGACUCUCCCCAAUCACACGAUACCUCCAGCACCAGGAGGGCGAAGGCUAGCACAGGCUUCCUCCGAGACCUGUGAGGCUCCACCGCUUCUUUUCGAACUGCCGCUCACGCAACGUCAUUACAUCAGCUAACAGACGCCUGCACUGACUAGCAUCACCCUGAGUGAUGGGGGGAAAUGAGGGGCCAUCCUACCCACCCAGAGAGUGAGGCCAAUUGUGCUCUCUUGGAUUCCCGGCCAUGGACGGCUGUAGCAUCACCAGGGAUCAAACUCACAAUCUCCUGAUUAUAGGACUAAUGCUUAGAGCCCGGAAAAUUAUUUCACGAUAACGAUUAAUGAUUAACAAAUGAUACAGUCAUGUGCAAAAGGUUGGGCGCCCCUGGUCAAAUGACAUGUGCUGUUGACUUACUAAGUGAAGAUAAAUUCACUCGUCCUCUACAGAGGAUAUUUAACAUGAAAAUAAGU